CGGCUUCCGGGUUGGGAGGAGUGAGAAUCCGUGUUAGAGGGGGCGCUGAGGCUGCAAGCGGUCGUUGCCUGCCGGGUGCAUGCGCGGUGGCGUCGUCCUCCUCGCGGUAGCCGAGUUAUGGCAGGCGUGCUUGAGUUAGCCGCCUAUCAGCUGGUUGGGCAGCUCGAGCUGCCUGGUCUCUUGUCCUUGCUCGUAGCAUAGCUCUGCGAGAGCCCUCCGACCGCUUCGUAUCGUUUUUUUUGUUUCUUCCCUGAGUUUGAGGGAAGGAACAGUAGGUAUGGUGGAGAACUCUCCAGCCCCGUUGCCAGAAAGGGCAAUAUAUGGAUUUGCCCUGUUUUUGGGAUCUUGGUUUGGCUUUAUGCUAUAUCUUAUCUGGGCAUAUGUUCCUGAGACUUGGCUCUUCUCAUUGGGACUAACAUACUGGCCUCAAAAGUACUGGGCAGUUGCUUUGCCAGCAUAUUUGUUAGUUGCUGUAGGAAUUGGUUAUGUAUUACUAUUUGGUAUUAACAUGAUGAGUACAGCUCCACUUAACUCCACGCAUACUAUUACAGAUAACUAUGCUAAAAAGCAGCAACAGAAGAAAUUUCAAGAAGAAGCAAUUCCGUCACUGAGGGAUAUUCCCAUCAGCGAAGUAAACAGAAUGUUUUUCCUUCCUGAAAAAGGAAUCUGCAAUAGCAGAUAGUAGUUAUUAAGAUCUGUCUGAAUAAAGGAUUAUGAGGAGCAUAACAUAACCUCUCGUUGCUGAAAGAAACCUCCUUUUCAUGGUAUAAUAGACAUUUUUCUUUUGAGUUUCUAACUAGAUUUUUGUACAUAUGUUUCAUUGAUGCGGCUUGGUAACCUGCAUUAAUAUGAGAAUUAUGGCACAUUAAUUCAUUUAACCAUUCUGUUGAUUUUAAAUUUGCAUUAUAUUAGCUGUAAGUUACUACUUACAAUUUCCCUCUCAGAGUAAAAUAAUGUUUGGACUUGGCUUAAUUCUGUUUGUUGUUGAGUUCGAGGAAUGAAAAUGUGUUUUGUUUGCCAAAUGCUUGAGGCUUUUUUUAUAUAAGUUAAAUUGAAGUGUUUACAUUGUAAAUGGACAGUUCUCAUUUGUAGAUAUUAAUAAAUUGUAAUUAUUUUUAGCUUAAAGUUGCAGUUUUCCUGUGGUUCAAUAAUAUUUGUUCUGAGUUGAGGUAUAUAGUGUUUGGUGUUUCUUUACAGAAUUUUUUACUCAACAAAUUAUAGAAUCAUAGAAUCAUUUAAGUUGGAGAAGACCUCUAAGGUUAUCAAAUCCAACAGUUAACCUAGCACUAUCGAGUGUACCACUACAUCUGCACAUCUUUUAAAUACCUCCACGGGUGGUGAUUCAGCUCACUUCCCUGGGCAGCCUGUUCCGUGCUUCAAAACCCUUUAUGUGAGGAAAUUUUUCCUAAUAUCGAACUUAAACCUUUGCUAAUGCAACUUAAGGCCAUUUCCUUUUGUGCUGUUGCUUGUUGCCUGGGAAUAGAGACUGACCUCUGCCUUGCUACAAGCUCUGUUGGGGUAGUUGCAGAGAUUAAUGAGAUCUCCCCCGAGCUUCCUUUUCUCUAGGCUAAAUAACCCCGUUUCCCUCAGCCAUUCCUUGUGAGGCUUGUGUUCUAGUCCUUAUACCAGCUUUGUUGCCCUUCUCUGGAUGCACUCCAGCAACUCAACAUCUUUCUUGUAGUGAAGAGCCCAAAACUGAACACAGUAUUCAAGGUACGGCUUGUACGGUUUGUACAGGGGUACAAAUACUUCCCUAGUCCUGCUGGCCUUACUUUUUCUGAUACAAGCCAGGUUGCCAUUGGCCUUCUUGGCCACCUGGACAUGCUGCUGGCUAUGUUCAACUGGCUGUUGACCAGCACAUCCAGUCCUUUUCCACCAAGUAAUUUUCCAGCCAUUGUUGCAUUCUAUGGGGGUGUUGCGACCCAAGUGCAGGACUCUGUACUUAGCCUUACUGAACCUCAUACAGUUGGUCUCAGCCCAUCGGUCCUGUCUAUCCAGAUUCCUCUGCAGAUCCUUCCUACCCUCAAGCAGGUCAACGCUCCCACCUAACUUGGUGUGAUCUGCAUACUUACUGAGGGUGCAGUCAAUCUCCUUGUCCAGGUCACUGAACAAGGUGUUAAAGAGAACUGGCCCCAACACUGAGCCCUGAGGGUCACCAUCUGUGGCCAGCCUCCAGCUGAAUUUAACUCCAUUCACCACAACUCUUUGGGCCUGGCCACCCAUCUGAUUUUUUACCCAGCAAAACAUAUAGCUGUCCCCUCCAUGAGCAGCCAGUUUCUCCAGGAGAAUGCUGUGAGAGACAAUGUCAAAAACUUUACUGAAGUCUGGGUAGACAACAUUACCAGAAAUAAGGGAAGCUCUUUGUAAGGGUUUUCGGAAACAAGUCUUGACAUGUUUUUGUUUGUUUGUUUGUUUUUACCAUAUUGAAAUCUAGGUUCAAGGAACGCAUAAGUCUGCUUUGUUAUAGUCUGGAUUAUAGCACAAAGCACCAUAACUUAUGGCAAUAGUUUGGAUAUUAUAGAGAGAGAAUGCCUGAAAUAAGAAAAGGAAACAAAAAGAAACAUCCCAUCUCAAAUUUUACUUCACAAAUAGAGGCAAGUAGACAAAGAAAGACGGUGGGGGUGAGGUAAUACUAAUAGGUUUUGUCAUUCUGUAUAGUAGGCCUUAAGAUGCAGUAAGUUAAAUGACGCAAACGUUAUGAAGUGAUCAUAACCGUAGAACAAACCAUCCUGUGACAAAACUUAAAUGUGAGGUUGGAGGUAAAAGUAAGGUAACCUAAACAGAAUUUGAGUUUUUUUCCUAUUCUCUGGUUCUCCUUUCUGGCCCUGGAAAGUGUAACAAACCAGCAUCUUGGCUGUACCUGUAUCAAUUCAGUUUUGUAAGAGUGGCAAGAAGCUUUGAGAUGUUUGCCCUCAUACAGAGCAUUGUUUCUUUAGUACUUCAAAUCCAUGCAGAAGCUCCCACCUACAGAUAUUAUGAGAGGCUCAGCAAUGAAGUCAAAAAUUCCUUUGGAAUACUUAAAGAAAAUAUUUGAAAGGAUUUUUUUUUAACCAGGCAGUUUCUAUGGGCUUCACUUUCUUUUAUGGAUGUAAAUGAUAAAGUAUUUAAGUAUUUCUGAUUCACAAAGAAAAGAGUUAAUAAAUAAUUUCUAAGUAAACAUAUUUUGUUCCAUAAUGUACCUUUUACUUUGGUACUUGAGUCUGAGUGGCUAAAAUACUUAAUGCAAUGUCCUGGUCGCUGAUGUACUGUUACAUUUCCUGUCAAAUGUAAAAUAACUAAUUUGAAUGGAAGUUUUUUUUUUCUGUCUCUCCCUCUAUUCAUGAAAUGAACUGCAGUCUGAGGAGGAAGAUUUGGAAACAUUUAAUCUUCUUGUUCUGACAGUUUCCUUCCAGAAAGGUUGUUGAAGUAGAUUUUGUUUGUAUGCUGCACUGUUGAUGCCUCAACUUAAUUAUGAACCUAGAAGCAGCUGAUAGAGUAAUCCAGUUUAGAAAUCAUGAUUGUGUGGAGCGUAAUUAAAUGUUAGGUGUUCCAGUGCUUUGAACAGAUUUUGUCUCUGGAGCUCUUAAAAACGGCCAUUGUGAAGAUUACCUUGUUUCAACUGUGGCAAUUUAGUGCUGUUGAUGAUGUUAUUCUCUCAGUAUAAACGUAGUUUAGGAAAAAAAAAAAAAAAAGAAAAUUGCCCCCGUGAUAAUUUGGAUUAAAACAAAAAUUAUUAUUGUGUAAAAAAAAUAACAAAAUAUUACAUCAUGUAAUGGAUAUUCUUCCCUUAGACAUAUGUAUUGUUCAUGAGUUUGUCUUAAAAGAGCUUGGAAAUAGGAUUCAAGACUGUUUUGUAAAUAACUUUUUUUUUACUUUUCACACGAACACAGACAGUAGAAAUAAAAUCAUAGACCUUGUCUAAAUACUUCUCCAGCAUUCAACUUCCAGCUUUCGUAAUUUUAAACAAACAGCGGAAAUCAAAAGGUAGCAUUUGCUGGAAACAUUACAGUUAUGGAACUGCUAACGGAAGUUCUGUGAAACAAAGAUCCAGAGCCAACAAAUUAAUCUGUAAGAUGGUACAUUGCUAGCCUUGCCUUUGAAGUAGUGUGUUCAUGAUUAAGUCGUUAUUUGGGGAUGCUUUGUUAUCUUUUUCCUGGAACUGAUGGAUGAUUCUAAGGUCACUGAAAACUUCACAAGGUCAAACUGCAGAUGAGGUAACAAACUAGAACUGAAAACAGAAAGUUAACUGCAGUUGAGCAGCAGGGAUGCUAUAAUUGGUUCACUUUUAGUCCUUACUUAGUUGUUAACAAACGGGUGAGGGAUCAGAAUGCACAUUUUAUUUAAGUGUGCAAAUAAGUUUAUGUUGGCAUCGUAACAUGAAUAGAUUGUCAGUUAUCUGACACACACAAAAAAAUAAAUUGCUGGCUUGGUGGGAAAAAGAAUAAUAUAAUUUUGUCUUCCGCUAAUAACUGUAGCUAUAUAUUACCAGUAAUGAAAAUAGUAUAGCAGUAUUACCUGAAUUUGAAAAUGGAAUUUGAUGAUAAAGGGGAAAGCAAAUGGGAUGUAGUCAGAGUGGUACUGACUGAGAAACUGAAUCAGUGUCUGCUGAUGCAAUGCUGCCAGACCUCUGCAUAUAUGUAAGGUGAUUUAUUUUCGUAUUUCCAACUACCUACGGAUAUCUGUUAUCCAGUUGUUUUUUUCUAACAGCAAGGUUUAUUCUACACUCCUAAUGAACACAUUUCAGGGCAGACAAAUUGCGUAGGGGAAAGUAACAGGAGGCAUGGCCUUGCAGAAAGUUAAGGAUUAGCAAGGAAGAACCUGCAGAAUGUUUUUGCUGGUUUGUUAUUUUGUAUCAUGGGUCCUUACAUGGUGAAAUCGUCUGUGUAAUGCAAGUAGCUCUUCAGUGUAAUGUGUUUGUUAGGAGGCACUACUCAGCGUGGAGAUGUGGGAUAACUACCAAGCUACUGAACCAUUUUCACAAGGGAGGCAGGUAGAACACUCAGCGCAUCUCUCUAGAUUCCAGUAGCCUUCAGUGGAGUUCUGAGCACUUUAGCAAUAUGAGUUUGGUUUGUGUGAGAGAAAAAUAACAGUGUGGAUGCACACAGAGUUGUGUUAAAAGGUGAGAAGUGCUGUUCAGGACUCAGCAAGUGAGAGCAGAACGUCAGAUGUUCUGACUGAAGCCAACUGAGAAUAAGAGCUUCUGGCGAGGAAGAAGUUGAGCCUUAAUGAAGAAUAAUUUGACCAGUGUUGGAAGCACGUCAUUAUAACUGACCUGUUAAGUGAUCUUGGAUGUUCUGCUUAAAUGUGCUACGAACCAGAUAAUGUUGAAACUGGAGCAUAUAUAAUCUUAUGAUCUCUAGUGAAAGAAAUGAAAGAUCUCUGAAGUGUCUAUAUGGUUGUAUUUGUUGGGAAGGGAAUAUAUGGAGAUGAUGAACGAGUGAAGUGUCAAAAAGCUGAAUUUUCUUUUGUCAUAUUGGGAUUUACAAAUUAAUCUAGUUCUUUUAAUUAUGUUACAGGAUGCUGUCUCCUUGUGUACAUUUAAUUAAUAGAUCCACUUUCUAGUAUGUAAAUGGAGUUUCUGAAAAAAUAAAAGAUCUUCCAUUCUAA